AGAGCAUCAUGGAGGGCGUCGGCGGUUGCCCCGUCAGUGGAGGUGGAGUGGACAGAGAGGAAACAUUGGAAGGGAGAGAAAGUAUUCAGUGAAGAAUGAAAAGAAAGAGCGAAGACAGCCCGAGUCCCAAGAGACAGCGCCUUUCUCAUUCAGUCUUUGACUACGCAGCGGCCUCGCCAGCCCCGUCACCACCAAUGCGACCAUGGGAGAUGACAUCAAAUAGGCAGCCUCCUUCAGCUCGAUCAAGCCAACAUCACUUCUCAGGGGAACGAUGCAACACACCGGCGCGCAACAGAAGAAGCCCUCCUGUUAGACGCCAGAGAGCAAGAAGAGAUCGGUUGUCUCGGCAUAAUUCCAUCAGUCAAGAUGAGAACUACCACCUCGCCUAUGGACAACAACAAGCAAUAGAAGAACCGCGAGCCUUCCACCCACCGAAUGUAUCGCCCCGUAUGUUGCACCCAGCUGCUCAUCCGCCACAGCAGAACGCAGUGAUGGUUGACAUUCAUGAACAGAUCCACCAGGGGACAGUCCCGGUAUCGUACACGGUGACCACAGUGGCACCGCACGGGAUUCCACUUUGCACAGGCCAGCACAUACCAGCUUGCAACACGCAGCAAGUUCCAGGGUGCUCCGUGGUUUUCAGCGGGCAACAUCUCCCCGUGUGCAGCGUGCCUCCCCCAAUGCUUCAGGCAUGUUCUGUUCAACACCUACCAGUUCCAUAUGCGGCAUUCCCACCCCUUAUUUCUAGCGAUCCGUUCCUUUUGCAUCCUCCACACCUCUCCCCGCAUCAUGCUCCACACCUGCCACCUCCGGGCCAAUUUGUUCCCUUCCAAACACAACAGUCGCGGUCGCCUCUUCAAAGGAUAGAAAACGAAGUGGAGUUGCUUGGAGACCAUCUACCUGUAGGGGGCUUCACCUAUCCGCCUUCUGCCCAUCCGCCAACAUUGCCUCCCUCAGCCCCUCUGCAGUUCUUAGCGCAUGACCCUCUACACCAAGAGGUGUCCUUUGGAGUACCUUACCCACCCUUUAUGCCUCGAAGACUUACGGGACGCAACCGGUAUCGAUCCCAACAGCCCAUACCGCCGCCUCCUUACCAUCCCAGCCUGUUGCCAUAUGUGCUAUCAAUGCUUCCAGUGCCACCUGCAGUUGGACCCGCCUUCAGUUUCGAGUUGGACGUAGAAGAUGGGGAGGUGGAAAACUAUGAGGCACUGCUGAACUUGGCAGAAAGACUGGGAGAGGCCAAACCAAGAGGACUGACAAAAGCAGAUAUCGAGCAACUUCCAUCUUACAGGUUCAACCCAAACAACCACCAGUCCGAACAGACUUUGUGUGUAGUGUGCAUGUGUGAUUUUGAGUCCAGGCAGCUGCUUAGAGUUUUGCCAUGCAACCACGAAUUCCAUGCCAAGUGUGUCGAUAAAUGGCUUAAGGCGAAUCGUACCUGCCCCAUCUGCAGAGCUGAUGCUUCAGAAGUACAUCGUGAUUCAGAAUGACCAGUCUAAGAGCACAAUUCUGCUUUGGGUGUUCCUAGUCACAUGUGUAUAUAUCUAUACAUAUAUAUAUAUGAACUCUUCAUUGAACUAAACCCGUGGCUUCCAGCCUUCCCUUUUACACAAAAAAAAGGGUCAAUGGGACCUUUCUUUGCACUGUGUGAUUUAAUCAACUAUAAAGCUUAUAAUUAGUCUUCACAAUUAUGGGAUUGUUAUACUAACUGUGUGAUUGGAACUCCAAAGAUUUUUUUUUUCUCUUCUAGCUUAAUUUUGUGUGUGCACUAACAUUCCCUGGUUUUCGUGUGAUCAUUCCGAGUGUUGCUGCGAGAUUACCGUGGAAGUGAUCUUCUAGCAUGUGCUUUUAUUAAAAAAAAAAACAAAAGGAGGAAAAAAUAGGAAAAAAAUGUGGUAGCUCCAAAACAAUAUAGCAAUCUACCUUAUAUAGAGCCUUCAGAUACUGUGAGUGAGAGUAAAUGGUGCGGGUGUGUGCGUUGAUCGCAGGGUGUCUGUGUGUAUGCAGGGCACGCGCAAGUGCUUGAGCGGAAGUGUGCGCGCGAGAGAGAACUUAUAUACCAGCAUGUACUGAGGAUGUAUGUGUGUGUAGUAUUAAUUAUGCUGCAAUGUAUAAUCUUGUGUGUUAUUUAAACAGUACUAGUACUGUACACUGGUUUCUUUUCCUUGCGUUUCGCAGUUGCGCACUGAAUGCUAAAGGGUGCGGCAAUUAUAGGCAUUUAAUAUUUCUCUUCCCCCC